CUUUAAAAACCCAGAUCCCAUUCUUCAAUGAAGUUUCAUGGUAUUGAGCUUCCAAUGUGGAAGACAAAAUCUAUUAAAAAUGGCCCAAAAUUUGCAGCCUUAGCAACCAUAACCCUGAUCAUCCUAACCCUCAUCCCAAUCUAUUACCCAUUACGAGGGUAUGCUUCAAUUCCAUGGAACAGUAGUUCUUCACAGAAGUCAUCAUCUGCAACUCCUCUUUCUACGGCUGAUAAUGGCGUUUCAGAGGAAAUCACAUCAAGCAAAGAAUGUGAUAUUUUUAGUGGGGAAUGGGUUCCGAAUCCUGAGGCGCCGUAUUACACGAAUUUGACUUGUUGGGCGAUUCAUGAGCACCAGAAUUGCAUGAAAUAUGGGAGACCAGAUUCAGAUUUCAUGAAAUGGAGGUGGAAACCAGAUGAGUGUGAUCUACCCAUCUUCAACCCGUAUCAGUUCUUGGAGAUUGUAAGAGGGAAAUCCAUGGCUUUUGUUGGAGAUUCUGUGGCUAGAAACCAAAUGCAGUCAUUGAUUUGCCUCUUAUCCCGGGUGAUGUACCCUGUGGACGCAUCAUAUACAAAGGAUGAAGGUUUCAAACGCUGGCACUACACCACCUACAACUACACCCUCGCCACAUUCUUGACUCCUUACCUUGUUAAGGCAAAGCAAACAGACGAAAACGGCCCAACCGGCACUGGCCUCUUCAAUCUCUACCUCGACGAAUUCAAUGAGGAUUGGAGAACCCAGAUCGAACAAUUCGAUUAUGUGAUCAUAUCCGCCGGCCAUUGGUUCCAACGCCCAAUGAUGUUCUACGAAAAGGGCGAGCUUGUGGGCUGCCAUUUCUGUCUCAAAGAGAAUGUCACAGAUCUCAACAUGUUUUAUGGUUACAGGAAGGCUUUCAAGACAGCUUUCAAAGCCAUACGAAGCUUACCAAACUAUAAGGGCAUAACAUUUCUCAGAACUAUUGCUCCUUCACACUUUGAAAAGGGUAUAUGGAAUCAGGGAGGGAAUUGUGUGAGGACAAAACCCUUUAAGAGCAAUGAAAGCAGUUUGGAAGGAAGGGAGUUAGAGUACUAUAGAAUUCAAUUGGAGGAGUUCAGGAUUGCAGAGAAGGAAGGGAGGAAGAUAGGGCAGAGGUAUAGGUUACUUGAUACCACUCAAGCCACCUUCUUGAGACCAGAUGGGCACCCUAGCCGUUAUGGGCAUUGGCCUAAUGAGAAUGUGACCUUGUAUAAUGACUGUGUUCACUGGUGUCUGCCUGGGCCCAUUGAUACCUGGAAUGAUUUCUUUCUUGAUAUGCUGAAGACGGAGUGGAGGAGAUCAUAGGCUUCACAGAAGUGAUAGGAGCAGGAAGAGGA